AGUUAUGCCGACCAGCUCAAACCGGGUGCCGCCAAAUCGAACCCCGGUUCGAAUUCCGCACGGCCGUGGCCGCAGCAAGCAGGAAACGCAAGAGGAAGAGGAAGAAUCGUCGGAGGACGAGGACGCGGGCCAAGAGGACCAGAAGGAAGAGGCGGAGGAGGAAGAGGAGGAGGUGGAGGAGCUGCCGGGGGAACGCGGGGACACGUCGCUAGGAAAAAAAGGCUCGUGCCGGUGAGAAAGAACAACAUCGGUGCGGCUCAAAGAAGGGAGAGACGCGGAUGGAAAAAAGGAACGAAGGUUAGACGCCGCCUAUGGAUCGGUAAUUGAGAUCCUCUAUCUACGAGUGACAAGACGACCGACCCGAAAUCUUCUUCUGGACCACAGAAAAGAUUUCAACGCCGAGAAACGAACGAGCCGCGCGGUGGCAGCGUCCAGCGAUACAUGAAAUGAAAUUCCUUCGACGAUUCUACUGAUCCAGAAGAGCAGAAGGGCCAGAGCGGUGCGUUUCACGGAAUCCUGGUUCAGGGCUGCGUGAGAUCCUCCGUCAACACCGUGAAAGGAAUCCCUCGGCGGCGGGGGAAGGUGAAGGGGGAGAUAAAGGUCUGGGCGCGUCGCGUCCCCGUAAAAAGAGAAAUUCAAAUUCCGCGGAGAGGCGUGACGGAAUUGUUUCGCCGGACAAGGAGGCGGCGAAAAAUUCGGAGACCGGCGACGAUAAAUUCGGAUCGGCGCGGCGCGGCGGCGCGAAUAAAUCUCGGACGCGUCGAAGCGGCAGGCUUCGGGAGCCGGAAGAGUGUUGACAGAAGAUCGCACGGGAGAAUUCUAGCGGAGGGCCGAAUCAAUUGAAAGAAAUACAGUGGAACAAAAGGAACGUUGAUAAACGGGGUCCCCUGGCUCGGAGGGAACACCCGGAGAAGACUCGGGGCAGUUUGGAGAACGAGACAGCAACAAUUUUAAGUUUGAGAAAUUUCCUGGAAGUUUGGAGAAGUGCGAGAAGGUUUGAAGAGGUUCGAGGAGGUUUGAAGAGGUGCGAGAAGCGGAUCUUCGAAGAAUUGGGAGAAUAUAUGAAGAAGAGAAGGUUUGAAGAAAUGAGGGAAAAUUCGAGGGAAUUUAAUGAGGUUUGAAGCGAAGGUUCAAAGUGUAAGCGCGGGUUUGAAGAAGCGCGAGAAGGUUUGAGGAGGUUCCAAGAAUUGGGAGAAUAUAUGAAGAAGUAAGAGAAGGUUUGAAGCAAAUGAGACACGAUUUGAAGAAAUAAGGGAAGAUUUGAAGGAAUGUGAGCAGGUUUGAAGGAGUACGAGAAGGUUGAAAGUGCAAGCGCAGGUUUAAAGAAGGAAGGGAAUAAAUAAGAGCGAUUGUAGGAACACGAAGGGACGCAAAGAAGAGGAACAGCAAAGAUUAAUGACAAUUUUGGGGAAGAUUACAAGUGGGAGCACCGUAAGAAAAAGGGGCAAACAGGUGCGAGAGAAAGGGCCGAAGAAACAAGUCCGAAGGAGAAGAUCUCGACAGAAGAAAUAAGUUCGAAGAGUUAGGGAUUUCGAAGCAUUUGAACGAUUUAAAAGAAUUCCAAGUUGCAACGAAAUUUUCGGAGAAGCGCAAAUGUAUUUCAGAGAGCGUAAGGAGCAAAGAGAUUAGACGCCGGGGAAAGCUGGACGAAGGAGAGGGAAAGUUUUGUACGAGCACGUAAGUUCGUGGGGAAGAUUUAGGAGAGAAGAGGAUAUUUACCUGGGAAAGGGGCAAACUUUGCUAAAAGUUCGUCCGAGAGAAUAGGGAUAUUAAAAAGCGAGAAUCAUAAGAUAGAAAAGAAUUGAAAUUAUGGAUCUAAAGUACCAUCUCGAGAGGACAAAUUUGCAGGAAUAUCAAAAAUUCACGUGAAACGCUCGGAGAAUCUUGGCUAAGAAAGCUUCGAUUUCAAUUCUUGCUAGGAUUAGGAACUUGAGGCAAAAAAGAGACUUGUUACAGACUGUUGUUAAAUGUAAAAGUCGUGAUUGAUAUCACUCUAAUCGAAUAUUAGAAGCACGCUGAAAAUAAUAGUUGUACAAAAUAGAACUGAAUAUGCUCGAAAAGGAAGAAAAUCGAAUAUCGGAGAAAGAGCUGCGAAGGUAAGAAAAACACCGAGAAAUCGUGGAUAAAACAGCCGGUCCACCGUGAAUUGUAAGAGCAGCGAAACAUAUUCGUUCAAAGAAAACUUGGUAAGAAGUAUAAAGCAAAGUAUUCUACGCGUCGAACACGAGCAGAGAAAGAUUCCCAUUAAACGCAGCAGUAAAACUCGCGAAACGUUCGAAAGAAUCAUAAAGGGAAUCUACGAAAUCAGUUUAAACGGGCGAAGGAAAUUGUAACAACGCGUUCCGUCGAUAGGAAAUGUAGUACAAAUUUGCGGCAGUAUCCCGCGAUAAAAAUCACAAAGUAAUUAGGACGAAAGGGAAACCUGAAACGAGCGUAAAAUAAAUGAAAACAGACGCUGUAACGUUCAAAGUAGUUCACGUCGAUCUCCGAUGGCACUUUGCGACUGUUAAGCUUAUUAUAACGAUAUAUAUUAUAACGAGUUAUCAUUCGAGGCCAUCAAACGAUAACAGAAACCCUAUCGAAGCCGUCAAAUGAUAGCAGAAAUCCCGUCGAAGCCAUCUAAUGAUCGGUGUCGGCCAUUUUCUUUGAUACCAAUUUCCCUCUAUUGUUCGCGUCGCACCGAUAAAUAAACCGCGAGCGAAUUCGAGCGAUGCCGCAACAACGACGCCGCGUUUGCCGAAUAGUGUGCUCUGUACGUUUGGUCGACAGAUGAAGUGGAUCCUCGUAAUUGUGUCGUUGAUACUGUGACCAAAAUUAUGAUGGCGCGUGCGGGGGUUGGCGUCGCCGGCGCUGGGAUGCUGAGGACCAGGCGCAGGGACAUUAGCGUGAAACCGAACAGGAAACUCGACCGGAAGUCCUCCAGAGGAAUGAUCUACGAGAACGAGGAGCUUCGACUCAGGACCAUUCACAUAAACGCCGAGGUCGAACAAGGCCAGAAUGACAUCAAGAAGCUGCGCAAGGAGAACGAGCAACUGCGUAGGGAGAUAUGGAGCCUACGGGACGAGUACGACAAGCUCGAGGAGAUUCUGAAGAGGCAGAAGAGCCGCGAGGAGAGCGAAGAAUACGAGAUUCGCUCCGACGAGGAUGACGGUCCGCAGUCCGACUAUUCCCUCGAGGAAGAGGAGGAGGAGGAGGACGAGGAGGACGAGGAGGAGGAGGAGGAGUUCGACGAGGACAAAACCACUCGGGUACCCGGCAAGGAUCUCAAUAAAGCUGAACAGCUAGAGAACGCGGAGAACCAGAAAAUCUCCUCGGAAAAGAUGACCAGCAGCAGCCUGCACAGACUGCACGUCGAUUUCGACGACCUGUCGGUGGUCGAGGAGGAGGAGGAGCUGAAGAAGGAGAAGGACAAAGGGUCCUCGGAAGAUGGCCAGCUGCCGAAAGAAGAGAAGAGCCCGUUCCCGGUCUUCAAGCCGAGACACCUACACGAGAACAUCCCGUUUUAUCCGGCCGCGUACGAGCCGCCCGGCCUAAGUGCUUCCAACUACUAUUCCGAGUGUCCCUUCAAGUUCCCGAGCACCUUGAAUCUGAUGAUGGCGCCAGCCAUGCAGGAAAUGGUGUCCCCGAGAUUACAGACGGACACGUUGCACCCUGGACCGAGUCUGGAGAACGAUCAGAUGGUGCACGCGCCGCCCGCGGGCUGGCAAACGAACCUAACGAUUCCUCAGAAGCAGAUCGCCCAAUUCGGUGCGAUCGACGCGGAGGCUUACGGUCGCGACCAGCAACGCUUCGCGUCGUUCUCGACGUUCUCCGCGCCUCUUCAAAGGAGAAAUCUCGGGCCCAAGGAAGGAAGCUGCGUGUACGCACCCUUCGGGGACCGGAUAGACCCUGAAACGGUAACCGAGAACGGCUGGGUCUUCGACGUCGGUCCGUUGAAAGACUCGAGGACAAAGGACGCCGAGGACAAGCCUAAACACUUUUUCGCCCCGUUGCCCUCGAAGACGAAGAGACAGCCCGACGACGCCUCGCCGACGAUCAGCCACUUCGGCACCGGGAGCAGCUCCUGUAGCGCGAAGACCGAGUCCACGGUGGUGUCCAAGAGCCAUCUGAUGCUGCAGAAAGGAUCGGCCGACGUUUACGUGAACGGGGCCAUACCCUGCGAAGACAACGUAUUCAGAAGCAAAGGCGAGCAGAGGACGUUCCUCAGCACGGACAACCUGCUGAUCGAGGACAGGUCCUGCAACCAGUUGACGAAGUCCAUGUCCUGUCAGGAUCUGUCCACGGAGUCUCAGCCAGCCUCGAUGAUCAGCGCCGAGGCCAGGCCGCAGAUAAUGACUCAGAGCGACAACACCUUGGACAACAUAUCGGACUCGAAGCCGUACAGGUCCCAUAUAAGCGUCACCCUGAAGAGGCCGCCCAGGAAGCAACCGGCCAGCCCGGACACGCCGGAGGUCCCCAAACUGCCGACGAUGGACUAUCGAGUGUUCAAGAACCCUUUCCUGAGAACCUUCGAUCCGGCCUCCGGUUACAGAGACCAGAGCAACGUGACCAGACCCCUGUCGGUCCAGGUGAGCGACGACAAUCCUCGCUACUUCCGAUCUCAGCACAACGCUCCGAACUUCCAUCGCGCGGGUCCGCUGGCGGACAGGUACAGGCCAGUGCAAACGGAUCAGAGCCGUCUUCUGAUCCCCUCGAACCAGUUGCUGAACGGGAAACUGGUCUCCCCGGCUGCCAAACACGAGAUCCAGGUGACCUCCUUCGAGAAGCCCAGCCCUCACACCCUGAUCGGCCCGUCGAACCCGUACGAGCUGUCCACUUUACGAAGGAUCACGUCCAACGCUUACUUGCAGAGCCAGAACCUGUACCAGAACAUGUCGUACGUUCCAAGAACGGGUUUGUACCCGCAGAGAGGGCUGAUGUACUACGACAGCCAAGCGCUGAAGGUCCCCGUGCAGACCCAGACGUCGAUCGACGGGGACUCUCACCACGAGGACGAGCAGACUUGUUCGCACGAGGAGAGCGCGCCGAGUACUCCGAGCGGGCAGCGUCGGAGGAGGACGAUCCGGAAGGAGAAGGCGCUGAAGACGCUGAACAACCUCUCCCCGACGGUGCAAAGGAGGUCCCUGAAGAAGCAGAUCAGCGUGGCUUCGUCGGAGGUGCCGGAGUCGCCUGGCAAGGCUCCGAGGCAGAGGGCCAGGAGGCUCAGCAUCACCACGAUCACGACGUCCGAGGGCCAGGAGGACAAGCACGAGAGCAGGUCCUCUUCGUCCGGGCAGGACUCGCCGAAGAAGGAGCAGACGAGAAGGGUGUCGCUGUACUUCAACGCCAAGAAGAGACCCUCCCUAGCCUCGGUGAAGACCAACCGGAGCGGCAGCCUGGACAUGUCGAAGGACAAGGACGCGAUGAUGAGCUCGGAGCGCGAGAGGACCACCUCGACCAGCAGCAGAGACACCCCUUCCAAGUCCAGGAAAGCGAGCACCAGCAGCGGCAGCGUGCCCUGGUGCGCCUGCUGGGGUAAUGGCUGCAUCUAGCCUCGGUGAUAAACUCGACCGGCCUCUGAAAGUCUGCUGACUAAUUCAACAGGCCUGGGAGACACUUAGGCGAACCAGUCUUCGCGAAGAGGACGCAAUUGUGAGCACGCUGGAAUUGAUGGCGGCCAUUGCGGGCUUACGACGGGGGACCUCUUAGGGCCGAGUGUUCUGAUGGAAGAUGGCGCAACGUUCUAAAUGUUCGAGACUAUGGAAUAGCAAUGGGGGUCGUAUGGGAUUGUACGGGACUGUGUAGAUCGCAAGGGGUGCGCGUGACCAGGGAGCGGUGAACCUUUUUGGGAAGUGGGUCAAAUGAUCGUUACUUUGGACUUUUUUAGGACUAGCUAGUGGAUCGCUGGUAAAUUAGGUGCGCAGUUUAAAAUGCUAGCGAUUAUGGUACGAGAAAUGGUAAUUCGAGUUAUGCAGCUCGUUUUUAUAGUUGUUGACGAUUCAUGACCAUAAAAAUGAACUGCAAGGAUCGAGAAUAAUCGUAUCUC